CUAUAACGUGAGCUUAAUAAUUAAAUAUACAGGGUAAAUGAGAAUCAAAAAAAAAAUAGCGAAUCUCCCGGGGGUGAGUCGAACACCCGAUCUCAAGAUUUCUUCGAGGAGAACUCAUUACAGUCUCGCGCCUUAGCCAGCUUGGCCACCGGGAGGUUUUCGCUGACAAGAAAAUUUUUCACUUUAUCAUAAUGUGUCUAUUUGCCCCCAAAUUAACUAUUGCGGUAUGGAUUUUUCGUGUGGUUUGAAUAUCUGAAAUAUAAGGUUUGUCAAUACAUUUCAUGUCCAACGACUCAACAUAAUGGUUCAACAAAGCUGUUCGAAGUUCAUAAUGUUGAUAAUAGUCAUUAUUAGUCUUUUGACAUUUGUGUCAAGUGCCACACAAGUUGAAAAAUUGUAUGAUAAUGAUAGACAGGUGAGUAAAAGUAAAGAGCCAUAUGGUCCAUAUAACGUACGGUGGGAGAAACAGGUCGCUGCUUGGGGAGCUUUUGGUAUCUGUGUAUCUUACGUGCCAGGUAAAGUCCAGUCCUAGAUGCAUAUCAUGCUUGUCAUCGGCUUGAAAAUGAUUAUGUUAGACCUUUUGUGGAUCGUGCACAACUUAUAAUAUCUGUUGCAAGACAACUAUUUCUCACAGGGAUCACCUUAUAUUAUGCGUAUGGUAUCUCAUAUGGUGUUGAUGCAAUUAACAUGUUUAGGAUUAUUAAGAUAUCCAUUACAGCUUUAACGGCACUAUUGGUAUUCAUGGUCAUAAAAUGGAUUCGUUUACUGAUAAGACACCUUUAAAUAUUAAUAGUGUCUCAAAAUUAAUUAUUGCGGUAAGGACUUUCCUUCUAAUAACCAUAUUCAUAUAAUUUAUAUACUAAUACAUGCUUGUGAUGUUAUAAAUAGUUGUAGAGAUUUAUUACCACCCUUGUUGAAGUGUUAAUCGUUUUUUGAAUCAUGUUUAUAUCAAGAAAAGUCGAUUUUUCUUAUGUUUAAAAUUUUAUCCCAUUGUUGCAAAAUUAUUGCAAAAUUUAUUUAAAUAUAUCUACA